ACAUCCCCCAAACAUUCACAUCCUCUGUUUUCUCUCAACACACAAAUCAAACCAAUACUCAAAAUUCACCUACAACAAACUUCAAAUCUUAUACUAUGAUCUGGGUCAGAGGUAAAACCAUCGGUCAGGGAAGCUUUGCAGCUGUCAGUUUAGCAAAACCCACAAAACAGAGUUCAAAUUUACCCUCAAUUUUGGCGGUAAAAUCAUGCGGUUUAUCGCAAUCCGAAUCGUUACAGAACGAGAAAAUGGUAUUGGAAGAGCUUAAAGAUUGCCCGGAGAUUAUUCGGUGUUACGGCGACUCAAUAACGGUCGAAAACGGCGUCAAAUUGUAUAAUGUAGCGUUGGAAUACGCCUCCGGUGGAGCUUUAUCGGAAAAAGUGAAAAUUUCUGGUAACUUCCGGUUGCCGGAAAAUGAAGUCCGGCGGGUUACAAAGUCUGUUCUAAACGGGCUUGAUUUUAUUCACGGAAACGGGUUUGUACACUGCGAUAUUAAACUUCAAAACAUUCUAUUAGAUUCUAACGGCGCCGUUAAAAUAGCCGACUUUGGGUUGGCGAAAAAGAUAACGCCGUUAAAUAAUUUAAACUCGCCGGUAAAGUGGGGAAUUCGAGGUACACCGAUAUACAUGUCGCCGGAGAUGGUCACCGGCGGCGAGCAGGGGCCGGCGGCGGAUGUGUGGGCGGUUGGGUGUAUGGUGGUGGAGAUGAUUACCGGUGAACCGGUUUGGAAAUGUUGUGAUUUUGGCGCGCUUUUGAUGAAAAUCGGUAUUGGCGGGGAAAUACCGGAGAUUCCCGGGAAAUUAUUAUUAUCGGAUGAAGGAAAAGAUUUUCUUGGAAAAUGUUUUUUGAAAGAUCCGAGGGAAAGAUGGACGGCUGAGAUGCUGCUACGUCACCCGUUUGUGAACAGUGUGGUUGAGUGUGAAGAGGAUGCAGAGAAUCAAAUCUCCCCCAGGGAUCCCUUUGACUUUUUUGAUUGGGAAGUGGAAUCGGAGCGAUCAGUAACUUCGGAUUUGGAAUUGGAAUUUGAGUUGUCGGCUGUUUCGUUGGCGACGAGGUUGGGGGGUUUGAUGACGUGUCAGCAACCGGAUUGGUCGGUUUCCGGCAGUUGGCUAAAAGUGAGAUGAGGGUAGAAGUGGAUUGGGAGUUAAUUUUUUUAAAAAAAAAAGUUUUGACACGGAUUCUUUUAUUGAUUUUAAAGUAGGGAUUGAUGAUGUUUUUGCCAUCAAGUUGUAAAUAGAAAUAGAUAUAUGUGGAAGGUGUAGAUACACAUCACUUUGUUAGAAUGUGACCUCUGUGACAAUGUAUAGUGGGUUUAUUGAGAAUUCCAGCUCCAAUUUUUUAUUUAGAAUAAUAAUAACCGCGUAUGAAUAUUA